UGGUCCCAAGACAGCAGUUCCUAUUGGUUUCUUGUUUCAUUAUGUCGUCCUUGGCAGUAGUCUCCCCUUCUGGGGGCACAACGGUGCUUCCUAUACAGGCCCACUACGAGGCUAUGGAGGGCCCAGCGGCUCACCAACCGUCAUCAUCUCACACUACUGCCAGCUGUGGCGGUCCCGGCCGGUCCUUCAAAGAGAGGUGCUGCUUCAGUUGUUUUCACGCGCCACGAAAUUCAUCGUCCCGUUGCCGUCGCAUAAAGGAGUGGUUCAAUAGGGUUUUAUAUAAGUUGCAAAGGUGGUGGAAGACCCAUAUUAGGGCCUGUCCACCUCUGACCCCAGUGGAAGAGGGUCUGCUCGGUGACCUCACCAGGGUAGCCUCUGUUGAGAAUAGUAUUAGUGAGGAGAGCAUGAAUAGCCACCUUAUUGACUGGUGGACUCUAGUCACUGCUGAUGUUGGCUCCGCUCCGCCCGAAUUACCACGAGAUGAACGGUGGAAGGCUGUGGGGUUCCAAAGUGCGUGCCCUAGUACUGACCUCAGGACAGGCCCUCAUGCACUACUGUGUAUGGUUCAAGCAGCGAGAGCAUACACUUCGGAGUUUCGGGAGAUGGUGGCUGUCAGUGAUGGUUACUGCCUUAUGGAUUUUAAUCAAUUUCACUAUCCAUUCGCAGCUACUGCCAUUAACGUCCAUUUUAUGUUACUCCACUACCUGGGUAUUGUUGAUGGUUUUUCCCCAGUAACUAAGGACGCUAUUGUUGCCUCUGGUUACGAGAGGAAGGUCUUCGCCUCAGCCUUAGCCCUCACUAACGGGGCCUUUGAGGAUCUGUUCACUGCGACUUGUAUGGCUGUACACUCCCAUUGGACUCGGAUGGUAGCGGAUGAGGGCGCUACCCUUAUGGACUUCCAAGAGAGUUUGGCUUUCGGAUUGAAUCGUGCGGCCAGUGCGCUUGUGAAAUCGAGGCCUGUUGAGGACCUACCUUCGUGGCACCGAGUGUUGGUGAAUAUAUGUAUAUCCUUCCCGCCGCCUCACACCAUUACUCCUCCUGUUUAGUUUCAUUGGGAUUGUACUAUUGCUACCU